UCCAGCACCGGUGUCGAAGCGAUCAUCCUCGUAGCGGGACAGGGAGAGGAGGGGGAGUCUACUAUCGUUUUCAGGCUUUGUAGUUGCAUUUGAUCGUUUCGAAAAGGGGCUCGCGGCUCACAAAGAGGAAGGGAUGGCAACUAAGAAACCAUGCGCGGAUUUAACAAAAAGGAGCCGAAGUCCCGUCGUGCUGGAGGCUGAGAUGUUCAGCGAAUUUCAGGACUGGUGUCUCCGGACUUACGGAGACUCGGGUAAAACAAAGACCGUGACGCGCCGAAAAUACAACAAAAUCAUGCAGACCCUGCUACAGAACGAGGAGUCGGACGGUGUCUAUGUCGACAACAGCCACAUCAACGCCAAAUUCAAAUUCUGGGUGAAGUCCAAAGGCUUUCAAGUCGGCAGCAACAUCUUGGGCGAGCACAACAAGAAAGAGACAUCGGGGAAGCCCGUCCUGUACGUCCCUGUCAAGUCUACGUGUUCAGAUGGAGGGGCGGCCCAGGACAGCUCUUUGAAGCGGGUUGCUGUGGUGGAGGAUUUUUUUGAUAUCAUCUAUGCCAUGCAUGUCGAGAUGGGGGCAGAUCCCGGACGAGCACCCAAACACGCCGGCCAGAAAAAGACCUAUAAGGCGAUUGCAGAGACCUACGCAUUUCUUCCACGUGAGGCGGUGACCCGUUUCUUGAUGAGUUGUGGAGAAUGCCAGAAAAGGAUGCACAUCAACCCCAGCACAGCAGAGUUCAAAGAGAACGACCGGCCCACCUCUCUGGUCCCAGACCUCAUCGAUUACAACAUGCCUCUCACUGCCACCUAUCUAAAACAGAUGAAACUACAGUGCAUGAACACCAAUGAGCAGGAUGAGAGUUCGGUAAGCAGUGAGGAUUUGGACAUGGCUGAGCCCGCGUGGGUCUCUACUGAGCGUGCUCCAGCCGCAGAGCCCAGCAGCCCCACCGCCCCGUACACAGAGAGGAUGCCUACACCCCCACAGCCCAGCAUUAAAGAGGAAGAAGAUGAUUCCUCUUCAGAGAAUUGCAGCACAGCGAACGGUCUGCCUGCACUGACUCCGCCUGGCGGUGCUGCCAUGGCGACAGGAGGAGUUCCUGCAUCUGAGGGGGUGGUUCCAUACGGAGAGGUGAACGGUAAUGGUGCCGCAGCGCCGCUGGACUUCAGCACCACUUCAUCGUCCUCUUCCUCGCAGGAGGGACAGCAGCCUGUCAACCUGAGCGACAGACUCCCGCUCGGAUCCUAUGCUUCAGACCCCAACAGAAAAUUCCCUGUUAAAACUGAGUACGGUAACAAGUCCCCUCAGUAUAGCUCAGGAAGCUAUGACUCUGUGAAGACGGAACUGAGCACGUGCGGGGAGGACAUGACCCCGGGCCGCUCACAGGUCAUAGACGAUGAUGAUGACGAUCACGAUGACCAUGACGACAGCGACAAGAUAAAUGACGCUGAGGGCCUGGACCCUGAACGACUUAAAGCUUUUAAUAUGUUUGUGCGGUUGUUUGUGGAUGAGAACUUAGACCGGAUGGUUCCAAUCUCAAAGCAGCCCAAAGAGAAAAUCCAGGCCAUCAUCGAGUCCUGCAGCCGCCAGUUCCCAGAGUUCCAAGAACGUGCUCGCAAACGUAUCCGAACCUACCUCAAAUCCUGUCGCCGCAUGAAGAAGGGUGGUUUUGAGACACGGCCCACACCCCCUCACCUCACCUCUGCCAUGGCUGAGAACAUCCUUGCAGCAGCAUGUGAGAGCGAAACACGGAAUGCUGCUAAGAGGAUGCGCCUUGACAUCUAUCAGGCCCAUGAUGAGUCAGUUGCAGCAGACAAGCCUAACUCCAAAGAUCCGGCUGCUCUGGCUAACUCAGGCUUCACACUGGCCGCCUCGGCCUACUCCCAGGACCAACUCUACACCAAUGGUGGACUUAAUUACAGUUUCCGUGGAUACGGGACCAUUGGCAACAGCCACCAAAACAAUGGCACAUCACAAACUAAUGGUCCCACUGAUCUCAGUAUGAAAUCUUUGGCAUCCAACAGCACUUCCUCCUCCAGUUCAAACAGUCAUGGUCAGGGUGGAGGGGGCGGAGGGGCAUCUGCCCAGCUCAGCCCGCCUGAGGUCACGGCUGUUCGGCAACUGAUUGCGGGUUACCGUGAGUCUGCGGCCUUCCUGCUCCGCUCUGCUGAUGAGCUCGAGAACCUCAUACUGCAGCAGAACUGAGAACUGCACACAGGCUGGUGCUGCCCGUCUCUCAUUACAUUAACACACACAUAAAUGCACAAUAUGACAGGAAAGAUACAUGUAGCUAUGUGCACUUACAUAUAUAUAUAUAUAUAUAUAUACACCUAAAGCCCAUAGGCGGAGUUUGACACCACUUAGGGGGAGCAAAAUGGAGGGAUCAGAAGAAGCUGUAUCUGAAACGCACAUACAGGGUACAAAAUUAAGAACAUUUACCAGCCAUAAUAAUCUCAGGUUCACUGGCCAUGAACCUGUAUUUUGCAUACUUUUUUUAAACAUAACAUUUUAUUUAAAUGUAAAUGAUUUAUUAUUAUUAUUAUUGCAUAUUUUCAGUAAAAAGCAAAGCACAGGUCAUUGUUUCACUUGCUGCACCAUAUAUUGGCCAAUUUAUAUAUGAAACGCUACCUCUCAUAAAAACUUUAAAGUAAUUAUGGUCUUUCUUGCAGUGUAACCAUGAAUAACUGGUAACUUUAUUUGGAAUGGCAACAUAAUACAUGGAUUUUAUUUUAAUAUUUUAUUGCACUGUAGUAAAAUGUUAAAAUAAAAACCAUGUAUUAUGUUACCAUUCUAAAUAAAAUUGCCAGCCAAACUUGCAUUUGGCAAGUUUUUUUUUUUGGCUGAUACUAUAUAAGGGGCUUUACACAGACUUGUUAAUGCACAUAGAGGGAAUAAAUGUACUCAAACAGAAAUUGCAGUCACUAGAAUCAAUGUUUAAGGCACUUGAAGUAUCUUGUUGAUUCUUGUGCACAGCAAACAAAAUGUAUUGACACAGAACAAGAAAAAGCUAAUUUUGCCCACAACAAUAAAAUGAAUGAAAAGAUCAUAUAUUUAUUAAUAUAAUUUAGUAAACGAUUUAAUAUAAUUUAUUAAUGCAUUUAUGAAGAUAACUUUAUUUCUAAGCUUUACAAAAGCAAAGAUAAAACAGCUCCAGACACUCGAAUCCCCCCAAACUCUGCCUAUGCUCUUUCUAUAAACCUACCUAUCACACAUUGCUUAUGACAGCUUUAUGUCCAUGAUAGUGUCUUUAUCAAAUUUCCUAACCUUUGAGUCCAGCGAGGCUUAAUCCUUUUCGGAGGGCUGAGAUGACUUGUUAAACGUGGUUUUAUGAUGAGAUGGUCAGAACACAAAGCAAGAGGUGUCUGUACUCACAGCAGCAUUGCAAGUGUCUUGCACAGAGCACAAUCACACAGUGAGAGCUAUCAGUCCACCACAGAGAGUUCAGAUUUUGAGACACACACAAAAAAACAAAUAGCUGUAAAUGUAAGAGUGAUGCCCAAAACAUACACAAAAUGAUGUCAUCACCUGCCUAAAAUUUACGCUAUGGCACAAAAUAUUACUGUCAGAUUACAGUCCUAUAUGUCAAUGGCAUCUUGUUUUAUAGAAUUUGAAAAGUUCCUCAGAUGUAUUAGUUGUUCUCUUACCAUAGACAAAUCCGUGCAGCAGCUUUGCUCCAGAUAUAGCCAUUUUAGAUAUAGAACAGAUCUAAGAGAAAAGGGUUUUUGUAAGAUCUCUCUUCUUCUGUUCAAUGCUAAUGAGGUUUGGGGAGAAGGUGCAAUGUAGAUGAUAAUCGUUAUAGUGUGUCAGUGUCUGAAAAUCUAUCAUUUUCAAUCAUAAACACAUUAACAGAUGUCUUUUGUACAUAUAUAUUCCUCAUUCAAAUGUAAGAAAUUUCAUCCUAGCUUACACAUGCACACUUAAAAGUCUACGAAAAGAAACCGUGAGUGCAAAAAAGAAGAUACUGAAAUUCUAUUGGCUGGGAAUGUUGGACAUUAUGCAAAUGAAGCUGUGCUGAGUUGAACGCUUUGAACCCUUUCCUAAAUGCUCAAUUGCCUUGGCAAACCUCCAUCCUCAGCACAUCCAUGCACUGUAGGAACACGAGCGACAUCGACCUCCCAGACAAGAGGGCCGUAGAUGGACUUGUUAAAAAAAAAUCCGAAAAAAAAGCAAGGACUGCAUUUCCCAUGCUGCACUGCGUCGAAAACACAUUCUGUUAAGUUGUGAAUGCUGCUCUUUUUUUCUAACCUCAUGACUGAGACACUUUCAUCUUCACGGGAACCAAUCAAAACAGAGGGACUUAACAUCCUAUUGGCACACAUACUGUAUAUGCAUAGUGAGUUUGAGAGAAAGGACCUAAUAUUAGCAGAAGUGAAACAAAGGUGACAUCCAUUCCUUUCAGUCAGCAACAGCCAAGAGCUUAAAGAGGCAUUGAUUGGUGGACUAAGGUAGCAUCAUCCACAGGAACCGAGUGUAGAACAUUGACGAUGCACUGCCCCUCAAACACCAGCCUCACUCUUCCUCCUGCCUGCAUUUUUACAUGUUCACAAAUGCCAUUGUUAAAAAACUGUAUGUAAAAAAAGCAAAAGACAAUCCUGAACAAUUGUGACUUGAUCCCUCGGAAAACGGCAUAGCGUUGUGUGAGAUCUCACUCUGACUCUCUAGCCUUUAGUGGAGUGGUGACAAUACAGGGCCUUCAAGUCUUGUAGCCAUAGCUUGAACCGUGUCCUCACUCUGCAACAUGAGCAUUUUCCUCUGUUAAGCUGCAAACAUUCUUUUUUUAUUAUCUGGAUAUAUUUAAUUCUGUCUUGCCAUUCCAGUUGUGCUUUAUUUGUUGUUUUGUGUUCCUUUUUUAUUUAGUAAAUGAAAUAGAUUUUUUUUGUUGACUUUUUCUUUAAAACCUCCGGUUGUAGGACACUGACAGUCUAAAGGGAAUCAAUGUUGCGAGUCUCAACAUUCCAAAUGUAAAACAUGCAUCUCAUAUUGGUCUCCAAAUGACUGAAUACAAAAACCAAAUGACGCAACUUCUAAAGAGAAAAAACUAAGUUGUCUUCAACAGCUUAGUUUUGAUACGUGGCUCAAAGCCUGCUUAUUACCUCUUACUUGUUACUCAUAAGAUUCAUCGAUGAACAGAUGAAAUUAUAUGUGCAGGAUCAUUAGGUAAGAUAUAUUCAGAUGUUACACUUUAUAAAUUAUUAAAUUGGUUAACAUAGUAGCACUUUACAAUCCGCGAAGGAAAAAUGUUUAUGGGAUGGAGCCUUAAAACCACCUAAAUGAUCCUAAAUUAUGAAAUGCAGCUGAUCAUUCUCAAGCCAUAAUGUUCUGUCUUUAUUUGCUCUGCAUUGUAAUUAUUUGUUCCCUUACACCAUGCAGGAGAAUGUGAACCCGUCAAGCAUUGGGCUUUGAGUUGAGAAAAGAAAAAUGUAUCUGGGCUUAUUCGAAUGAAAUGGUGAUUGCAAGAAAGCGAGCAUUUGAAUUUACUUACACCAGAAAUAUGUUGGUGUACUGAGAGUUCAAAAGUUGUACCAGGCCAUUGAUUCUUGUUUACUUGGACUUUUUUGUUCCUUGUUUUGUACAUUUUGUUUCUAAAUGACAUUAGAAGUGUAAGAUUUUUAGGAAGCUGUCUGGACAUCUGAGGCUCGUGAACACACGACACAUGAAAAGGAAAAGGCAAGAAAUUGUACAACUUUUUUUUUUUUUUUAACCGUGCAGCUAAACUCUGCAAUCAAAUGUGGUAACAACCAUUGCCUGUGAUAAUUUUUAAUUUUGUGGUGCUUUGUAAUAUUAUUAUGAUU